AUGGCUUCGUCCACCCUCAACACCACCCUCGAGUCGAUGCUCCCUGCCCCUGCUCCGCUCCGAGUGCUCAUUCUCGGCUCGGGCGGGCGUGAGCAUGCCAUCGCCAACCACUUCCUCCGCUCUCCUCGCGUAGAGCACGUCUUCUGUGCUCCCGGUAACGGUGGAACGGCUACCCUCGGCUCCCGAUGCACCAACCUCGACUCGCCCAAGGCUUCCGGUGACUUUAGCGAGAUCACUGCCUGGGCCGUCCAGAAUGGUAUCAACCUCUGCUUCCCCGGGCCGGAGCAGCCGCUCGUCGAUGGUGUCGAGCUCGCCUUCCGCAAGGUUGGCAUCCCCGUCUUUGGGCCUUCGCCUGUCGCUGCCCAGAUGGAGGGCUCCAAGACGUUUGCAAAGGCGUUCAUGGACAAGUACAAGAUCCCGACCGCCGCCGCCCAGUCGUUCGAUGCUUCCCAGGUGCAAGAAUGUCUCGAGUACAUUCAGAAGCUCGGUGGUGCCCAGCAGAUCGUUCUCAAGGCUUCAGGUCUUGCUGCAGGCAAGGGUGUCCUGCUUCCCGAAUCCGACCAGGAGGCCCGCGAAGGUGUGGAGGACAUCCUCGUGAAGAAGGUGUUUGGCGAUGCCGGCUCGUCGCUCCUUAUUGAACAGAGGCUCGUUGGACCUGAGCUCUCGGUACUCGCCUUCUCCGACGGCUACACCAUCACCGCUCUGCCUGGUUGCCAGGACCACAAGCGCAUCGGCGAAGGCGACACGGGUCCCAACACGGGUGGUAUGGGUGCUUACACCCCCGCACCCGAAGGCCUCGUCGACGAUCUGCCCGCUCGCAUCCGCAAGGAGGUGCUCGUCCCCACCAUCGACGGCAUGCGAAGCGAGGGUUUCCCCUUUGUCGGUAUGCUCUUUGUCGGCCUCAUGCUGACCGCUGACGGCCCCAAGGUACUCGAAUACAACGUCCGUUUCGGCGACCCCGAGACCGAAGCUGUGCUUGAGCUGCUCGACGAGUCGCAGACCAGCCUUGCUGACAUUGUUCUCGCCUGCGUCGAGCGUCGUCUCGACCAGGUCAAGCCCGUGGUGCGCAACCAGCACGCCGUCAGCAUCGUCCUCGCCAGCCAGGGCUACCCGGGCAAGUACCCCACUGGUGUGCCCAUCACCAUCGGUGCCGUCCCCCAGAAUGUCACCGUCUACCACGCCGGCACCAAGCUCGAUGCCAGCGGACAGCUCGUCACUGCUGGCGGUCGUGUCAUCGCCGUGUCCGCAUUCGGCAACACGCUGCAGGAAGCCGUCGAGCUCGCGUACCAAGGUGUCGACGCGGUUCAGUUCGAGGGUAAGACCUUCCGCCGCGACAUUGCGCACCGCGCGCUCAAACCCGCUGCGAGCAGCUCAGCGCCCGCUGGCCUCACAUACGCCGCUGCCGGUGUCGACAUUGACGCCGGAAACUCGCUGGUCGAGGCGAUCAAGCCAUUUGCCAAAUCGACGCGUCGUCCAGGCUGUGAUGCUUCGCUCGGCGGCUUCGGUGGUACUUUCGACCUCAAGGCCAUCGGCAUGCGCGACCCCGUUCUCGUUUCCGGUACCGAUGGCGUGGGCACCAAGCUGCGCCUUGCUCUCGACAUGAACAAGCACGACACGGUGGGAAUCGACCUGGUUGCCAUGUCGGUCAACGACCUGCUCGUGCAGGGUGCUGCGCCGCUCUACUUCCUCGACUACUUUGGCUGCUCCAAGCUGAGCGUGCCUGUGGCCACUCAGGUGAUCUCUGGCAUUGCCGAGGGAUGCCGACAGGCCAAGUGCGGUUUGAUCGGUGGUGAGACCGCCGAGAUGCCCGGGAUGUACGAAGGCGAUGACUACGAUCUGGCUGGGUUUGCGGUCGGUGCCGUAGAGCGCGAGGCUUUGCUGCCGUUGCUCGACCAGCUGCAGGCGGGCGAUGUGCUCGUCGGUCUGCACAGCUCGGGUGUUCACUCGAACGGUUUCUCGCUCGUCCGCAAAAUCGUGGCGCGCUCUGGCCUUUCUCUGUCCGCACCAUGCCCCUGGUCGGUUGAAAAGGACGGCUCUGCUCCCGCCUCUACGCUGGGCGACGCGCUGAUCACUCCCACGCGCAUCUACGUCGACGCUCUCACGCCCCUGUUUGCCGAGGCAAAGGGGCUGCUCGCUCUGUCGCACAUCACCGGCGGUGGAUUCACAGAAAACAUCCCGCGAAUCCUUUCGAAAGGCAAGGGUGUCGAGAUCGACCUGGCCUCGUGGCAGCGACCGGCUCUGUUCGACUGGUUGCAAGCUACAGGCAACGUCGAGCCGGAAGAGAUGGCGAGGACGUUCAACAACGGUAUCGGCAUGGUACUCAUCAUUAAGGCAGAGCAGCAGCAGAGGAUUCUGGAUCUGCUCAGCCAGGCGGGGGAGAAGCCCGUUGUCAUGGGUCGUGUGAUUGACGGUGAAGGUGUGCAGUACACCAACCUGAACAGCUGGUCGCUGUGA